AUGGCAUCCAAGCGAUCGCGGCAAGCCUUCGAAGCCGACCUCCGAAAACAAUCCUCACCUUUCGUUCUGUAUGGGACACCCUUGCCUCCUCUAGACGACAAUGUUCGAGAUGAUGGGUCUUUUGUACCGAUCUGGAAGCAAGAGGUCACAGAUGAAAGAGGGCGGAAACGCUUGCACGGCGCCUUCACAGGAGGCUUCAGCGCCGGAUACUUUAACACCGUAGGCUCUAAAGAGGGAUGGACCCCUUCUUCCUUUGUCUCUUCCAGACAGAAUCGCGCAAAGGCUGUGCAAAAUCUACCGCAACAAAAGCCAGAGGAUUUCAUGGACGAAGAAGAUUUUCGCGAGGCAGAAGAAUCGCGCACACUGAAUACCUCGUCAGAAUUUGCAGGAUUUGGCACGGAGCACGAUGUCAUGCGAAAGACUGCUACCAUUGAUAUUUUUCGACCGCUGGAUGAAACGAUCGGCUCAAAAUUGCUCAAGCGAAUGGGCUGGAGGGAAGGUCAAGGCAUUGGCCCCCGGAUCCGGAGAGCCGCAAAAUUCGGCGACCGUGAGGAGGAGGAUGUGGUGGAUGAUGACGUGCCGGCACAGACACAUCUUUUUGCCCCAGACGACGUGCAAUUGGUAUCAUACACCCGAAAGACAGACCAUAAAGGCUUGGGAUAUGAAGGAGAGCUGCAGGGUCAAGAUCAGCCGGCAAGCCGAAAUACCACUACACACAAUACUACGCUCAGGUCCACUGGCGAGAACUCAGAUGAGGAGGCAACUGCGCCGCUCUUUGGUCCGAGGAUGAAGCCAGCACGAACAAGCAACAGGACAGGAUUUGGUGUUGGGGUUCUGAAUGACGACCAUUCUGAUGACGAAGACCCGUACUCUAUGGGCCCUAAGAUAUCAUAUCAUAAGGUUAUUGCAGGUGAGAAGAUGCCAAAGACCAAAUCAAAAGGUUCAGGAAGCGCAGCAAAUCCUCUGGUGAAGACCAAACCAACGUUUGUUUCCAGAAAGCUGGCAGCCUUGAAGGGGGCUCUGAGAAAAUGUCAUGAUGGGCGGUUGCCCCUCGACGGGUUUGUUCUGGCAGAUGAACUUGAUGCCCUGGGCUCAAUGACCAUACAGGAUGAGAAAUACAAACCGCCUGAGGUUCCUGAAGACUGGAAGUCAUCUAUUCCGCCAGAAACUGGAGCAGAGAUUGCAUCCACGUUUUUCUCGACAGCAGAGGCAGCAAAAGCUUCUAAUCUCACAGCCAAAUCCCGUGCCUCGCUUUUGGGAGAGUCACAGCUUCCGGGAAAGUCAGUAUUUGACUUCUUAACACCUUCCGCUCGCGAUCGCCUAGCCGCUGCAUCAGGUCGCCAAAACCUUCCUGCAGCUGGGAGCGAAUCUGCUCCAAAUGGUUAUGAGCCAUCCGGAUCGGAAACAAAAAAUCUCCAGACUAUGGUUCCUCAAAUUGACCGAGAUGUGGCCCUUCAAGCCUUGAAUCGUGCAGUUGGUGGAUGGAUGCCAUAUGCAGAGGAUGAAAACAAGAGAUUAAGAUAUCGAACCUACCUCGAAAUCCAAGCUGGUCAAAGAGCAGUUGACGAGGUGCCGCCGCGCGCCGAAAACAUGAGGCAGGAGGACUGGAUUCUUGAGAUGCAAGAGUUCGCACGAGCAGCAGAGGUGUUUAAGCCCAUCAGCGGCUUGAUGGCAACGCGCUUCACUUCUUCAUCGAGCUCGCCAAAAGGUCAAGAUGGCAAAUCGGGCGACUCGGCCACAGAAUCUUUAUUGACCCAAGCGAGGACAAAGCCCGAAGAUCCUGCGGAAUCAGCUGCCAAAUUAGGAAUGUUUGGUCCCAUGACGCGGUCUGUCACCAACUUCUACCCUACCCGACUUCUCUGCAAAAGAUUCGGUGUGCCAAUGCCAACUCCCGAAGGGGCGAAGGAAGAUAGGAAUGGAGGUGGAACUGCCGCUGGUUCGACCGAGCCCAGCUUCACAGCACCACAAUUCCGGUCUUAUGUAUCGGCAGGAUUCCAACAUGAUGAAGGGUCAGAAGUCGGCAAAAGUAAGUUCGAAAAUCGAACGGGCCAGCCGCCGAUUCCAGCAGUGGCGGAGACUCGUCCUGCUCCGCUCGACCCCGAGAGAAACGAAGCCCUCGAGCAGCAAAGGCCCGGACAAGCCGUGUUCAAAGCCAUUUUUGGUAGUGAUGACGAAGACAAUUAG